AUGGAUGAUAAUAAAUUAUUACAAAAAUUAUCACAAAAUAUACUCGAUAUUUUAGAUGAUGACGAAUAUUAUGAUAUUACUAUUGAAGUUGGAAAUGAUCCUUACGUAAAAAUAUUUCGUUCACAUAUGGUUAUAUUGAAUUAUCGUUCUUCUUAUUUGCGAAGAAUUUUGUCAACUAAUAAAACGAAAAAUGAUGAAACUUUGGUACACAUUAAAUUACCAAAUAUUUUACCAGAAAUUUUUCAAACAAUUUUAAGAUAUAUUUAUGGCGGAGAACCAUCUUUGAAAAAUUAUGAUAAUUUAGAUAUUAUUAAAAUCAUAGUUGCUGCUAGUGAAUUGAACCUUCAGGAGUUGGUUAACUAUAAACAAUCUUUUUUGAUUAAUUACAAAACAAACUGGAUAGAACAAAAUUUUAGUUUGGUAUAUCAAACGAGUUUUGAAAAUGAUUCACUCUUAGAACUUCAAGAAUAUUGCACUAAUUUAAUUUCCAAAAACCCAGAUAAGAUAUUCAAAUCAAUAGAUUUCUCUUCAAUUCCAGAAAAAAUUUUGAUAUCACUUAUUAAAAGCGAUAAUCUUCAAAUGGACGAAAUUAAAGUAUGGGAGAAUGUUCUUAAAUGGGGACUUGCACAAAAUCUUGAGCUUUCUUCAGAUCCUUCUAAUUAUUCAAAAGAAGAUUUUAAUUCUUUAAAAAAUACCUUACAACAAUGCAUUCCUUUUGUACGAUUCCAUAAUUUAACUUCUAAAGAAUUUUCGAACAAGAUUCUACCUUAUAAGGAAGUUUUACCAGAGGAAUUAUUUGUUGAUUUAUUAAAAAGCUUUUUAGAUUUGCAUCCUGAUAGUAAGAUCAAUCAUAAAUCAAAGCCCCGUAUACCUAAAGAAUUGUUACCGACUUCUGCUGCGACUAUUGAUGACGAAAGAAAGCCUAUAUCACGACAUAAUGAAACUUCUAGUUUAUGGAAUCAUGCACCUCCUAAGAGUUCACGGGAUAAUGCACUUCCUAAGGGUCCAC